CCUAUGGCGGGGGGAGGAAAAGAGCCGCGCGCGCACGCGCAGUGAGGCACGCUCGAGCAGCUGGCGGUUUUUCCAGCUACCCGGGUGGAGCGGCGCGCAUGCGCUUUGGUGCGGAAGAGGGAGACGGCAGAGAGGGGGGGCGGGUGUCGCCGUCGGUUGCUUUGCUGCUGCUGCCGCCGCCGCUGCUGUCAGUUCCGGCUCUGGGGUCGGGCGGGGGAUCCGGCCUGAGAGGCAGCAGCAGCAGUAGUGCCACCGCCGCCGACUGAGGAGAGUCGGCCUUCCAGGGGCGCCCGCUCCUCCCUUCCCCCCCUCGCCGGCCAUGGCCCGGGACUACGACCACCUCUUCAAGCUCCUCAUCAUCGGCGACAGCGGUGUUGGCAAGAGCAGUUUGCUGUUACGUUUUGCAGACAACACUUUCUCAGGCAGCUACAUUACCACAAUUGGAGUAGACUUCAAAAUCCGGACAGUUGAGAUUAAUGGAGAAAAGGUCAAGCUGCAGAUCUGGGAUACUGCCGGACAAGAGCGCUUCCGGACCAUCACGUCUACGUACUACAGAGGGACACAUGGGGUUAUUGUGGUUUACGAUGUCACGAGUGCUGAAUCCUUCGUGAACGUCAAGCGGUGGUUGCAUGAAAUAAAUCAGAACUGUGACGAUGUGUGCCGAAUAUUAGUUGGUAAUAAGAAUGAUGAUCCAGAACGGAAAGUGGUAGAGACGGAGGACGCCUAUAAAUUUGCUGGGCAGAUGGGGAUCCAACUCUUUGAGACCAGCGCCAAAGAAAACAUUAAUGUGGAAGAGAUGUUCAACUGCAUCACAGAGUUGGUUCUGCGAGCCAAGAAAGACAACUUAGCCAAGCAGCAGCAGCAGCAACAGAACGACGUGGUGAAGCUAACAAAGAACAGUAAACGGAAGAAGCGGUGCUGCUAAUGUCUUUUUCUCCUGCGGCAGAGACUGCGCCCUCGGACAGCUCAGCCCUUCCAGCCAGACGCAGGCGAUUCCACUGGGCUAGGCCACGGGAGGACUUCCCCUCCACUGCCACCACCUCUCUCAGUUUGUGCCGUUAUUUAAAUGAGUUCUCUCCAUGUUUUUUCAGAUCAGGAGGCACCUUAUCGCAAUAGUGCCAAGGAGGUAUUGGAUGGAGGUGAUUCUGGCCCUUUCUCCUUCCUACUUUUUUUUUCUCUCUCCAAGAGCAUCUUGUAGACAAGAAUGACUUUGCCUACCGAGUGGACUUUUGAUCCUAAGAGUUUUGUACAUAAUGUAUAUUUGCUUUAACCAGCUACACCUCCCUCAUUGUCGCUUUGGCUUCUGGCUUCUUAAUUAUCAACCAAUCAUGAGUUGUUCAUCUUUUUUUUUGUUCGUUCCCCCCUCCAAAGAUACAGUACAAUGUCCUUAAAUGGAGGUGCCCCUCCUUGGCUUCCAUUGCUUCUUCUGCCUUUGUCGUCCUUCAGGCCAGGACCUGGAGAAGGGGAGGUGGUACUUUUUCAUUGGCAACCUUCUGAGAUUCUUUCUCCUAACCUCCAGAAUAGCUGGACCUUUAUCAUUCCUUGGAAUAGCUGUGCUCUUUCUUCUCCAGAUUCUGACAGGGGGCGAUAGAGGCUUCUUUGUGACUCCCACCCCCUCCCCAUUUUUAACUUCUCUGGUCUGUUAAAAUGAAACCUUCAGACAUGAGAUGUUAGGAUUAAAGCUAGUAUUAUUUAUCUCCCUCAGGUGGCAUUCGUUUCCGGUAACAUCCUCAAGAGCUACCAAAGUGUAAAUCUGUCAAAAACCAUUUCUCCCACACACACACACUUCCAGCCUUAUCCAUCACCUGUACCCAAUAUGCUAAAAAGUGCAUUUCUGAUUAACAGCAUUCUCUGUGACUCUUGCUUUGUUUCUCUCUUCCUCUCCCCUCGUUCCCCCCCAAUGAAGAGCUGAAAAGUGUGAGAGGGCAGCAAUCUGGCAGCUGUUUGACUGGCUAUUUUCCGUCACCUUCCAUCAGAACAGAGUUUGUCUCUUGGGUAUCAAAAGGGGCCACUUGCUCUGGUUGUGCAGUAACGACUAGAUCUCUGAUCUGGUUAGGCUGAAAGCAAAAAAAAAAAAAAGUUUCUUAAUGACCACUGAGGGCUUUAAAGGGAAAGAACUAGGGCUCAGCUCCUCAUUGGCUAAAAAUUGACUCACCUAGCCUAUUAAGAUGGCCCAGACUGUAGAACAGUGUGUGUUCUUCAACCCAGAUGAUUUCUCCCCCUGCCCUGGAGUCUGAGAACGAUAGUGUUCCUGUUUACAGGUGGCUAUCCGUGUUGUCGACCCUGCGGACGUUGAAUCAUGCAAGAAGGGCUAAGUUGAAAACCCUUAUUUAUUCUUUUGCUUGCCUUUAAUAACAAAAACAACCAAUCAUGAUUGUACAGAGCAAUUGUGUUGCAAACGGUCUGACUCUGCAGGUGUUUUCCAUUCAAUCAAUGACCGUGACAGGUUUUGGCCAGAGAAAGUGUUUUGAAAGACAGUGCCCAUCCCAGCUACCCAUCUUCUCCCCCCCCCCGAAGAAAAAUCUUCUCUGUGCAUCUCUUGUAAGUUUAACUUCUCACUAAUUCAAGAAAUUUGGAACGUGGGCUGAGCAAACCAAUUUUGGAAGGAAUUGCUGGCAUUAAGAAGCCUGUAGAAAUGAUGAGAGGUGUUGAUGUCUUGGUUUGGAAACUGAUUGGCUGAAGCGAUGGUAGAUCCUCAUGGUGUGGCGGGGAGGGGAUGUUCUUACUUUGCAGUGAUCUUUUGUGAAGGGGUGGGGGCACGGGUGUGACCUUUGCCAAUUCAGCAGUCCCAGGUUCUGAUUUUAGAAGCCUGGGAUGUUUUUCCAAGGUUGCCGUUAGCACCAUCUUCCCAGUUCUUGUCUUUCCUCAAGGCUGCUGCUCAAGCUCCGCCUGUUGUUCAAGGGAGGCUGCACAGUGGUAGCUUAUUUGGUAGACAGUACUGGUAGAUGGUGCCUGUGGGGUAUUAAAAGGGGGGGGAGGGGAGUGCGUCUUUAGCGGUGCUGAUGUCAAGCGGUGGAAUGUCUAACUGGUUUGCUAGGACUAUUUCUGUAUAUUGAAACUUUCUAAUUACGCUUUUUAAAUAAUUUUAAAAAACUAAAAAUAAAGGUGCCAAGCUGCCAAAUCUUC